AAAGAUGAUGGUCGGAGAGGUCGAAGUGAAGGAGCGACCGAGGCCGAGUCCCGACUAUUUGAUGCAAUUGUUGAACGAGAAGAAGCUCAUGACUAGUUUGCCCAAUCUCUGCGGCAUCUUCACGCACCUCGAACGGCUUCUCGAUGAAGAGAUCAACAGAGUCCGCAAACACAUGUACAGCGACACAGUCAAUGGCCUUGUGGACAGACACCCACUGGAGCUGCCCGAGCCUCUGGGACCCAUGGUCUACCUGCAGGAAAAACUGUUUGUGCCUGUAAAAGAGUACCCAGAUUACAACUUUGUGGGUAGAAUCCUUGGCCCUCGGGGACUCACGGCCAAACAGUUGGAAGCGGAAACGGGAUGUAAAAUCAUGGUGCGAGGGAAGAGCUCCAUGAGAGACAAAAAGAAGGAGGAGCAGAACAGAGGAAAACCAAACUGGGAGCACCUGAACGAAGACCUUCAUGUUCUAAUCACAGUGGAAGACACGCAGACCAGAGCCGAGAUCAAGAUGAGGAGAGCUGUGGAGGAGGUGAAGAAACUCCUCGUACCUGCUGCGGAGGGUGAAGACAAUUUGAAGAAGAUCCAAUUGAUGGAGUUGGCCAUUCUCAACGGGACGUACAGAGACAACAACGUCAAAGCGCCCACCCUUGCGUUCUCUCUUGCAGCGGCGGCGGCGGCCGCUCAGGGACCCCGCCUUAUAGCGGCACCCACAGGUCAGGUGUUGCCGCCCCCGACACUCCGGCCCCAGACACCCGCCGGGGCCCCCAUCAUGAACCUCAUCCGGCCAACUCAGAUGGCCGCCAUGCUGCCCAGCGGCACACCGACUCUGGUGCCGCCCACGCCGGACACCGGGCUCAUCUACACCACCCCUUAUGAUUACCCCUACGCCCUGGCACCCACCUCCUUGCUGGAGUACCCCAUCGAGCACAGUGGGGUUUUAGGUAAGCGGGCCUGGGGGAGCAUGAGCGCGGCGGGUACGGCGGCCCACUUUAGCCAGCCCGGGCAGGAGGGCAGCUUGUUUUACCCCGGACUCGGGGUGCUGGACACGGCUACCAUGAGCCACAGUCAAGACUUUCUGAAAGGUGCAAUGGCUACUAAAGUGAGACGGCAUGACACGCGGGUCCAUCCUUACCAAAGGAUUGUGACCGCUGACAGAGGUCAGUUUAGUCUCUUAGCUACACUCUGCUAUCAAUUGAUGCAUUUCAAUGAUGAUGAUGCCUUAAUUGGGAAUCUAUUGUGUUUGUACCGCGAGAUAUAA